AUGGCAGCUCUUCAUUAUGAAGGAGAUCAACUGACAGGAGGAGGGGCAUGGAGUCCCGAAGAAGAUCCAAGUAACAGGCAUGGCAUUUGGAAUUGGAUAGAAAUGCCGGAAGCUUCUGGUAAGAAACAAGCAUCAGAAGACUCCGAGGGAUUACCAAAGCUGCCUACAGCUAAUUUUUCUUCAAGCUUUAAUCUUGUGAAUGAUCUCACAAUCAACGAAAAUCAGACCAUAGAAGAUAAGGUUGGAUUGCCUGAAUUAACUGGAGAACAAUGUUUAUGGGGUCAGCCAUUUUCAACUGAACGUCAAAAGUGCAAGGUGGAGGAUUAUGGAGAUACGUGCACAGUUGAAAUGUGGGUCCAAGGACUAUUGCAUGGAGACACAUGCACAGAAUUGUGA